GUUUUAUAUAGUUCACCUUGGCUAUCGCACGUAUCAAAGCUACCACGGCUUAGCUCUAUGAGCUUGGGGGUUUUGAACGGAUAUAUCUUUUUUAAAAUUGUUUGAACAAUGGAAAGUAUAAAUACGUUAAUUCCUUGUCCCUCUCCUCCCAUCAUGGAGCAAGUCCAUAUCGUCCUCUCUGAAUUUCCACAAUUCUUUACUGUACAUCUCAAGCUGCCAGUCACCUUGACUCCGUUCCUCCUAUAUCAAUCAUGGUGAAAGUGGGCCGCCCACCAGCCAAUGCCUUCGUGGCAGUGGCUAGGAAAGUCUACAACCCCGUAGGAUUUUCUAAGGGCUACAAUUUCAUUCUCUUCUUCAUCUUUGCUGGAGCAUUGAUGGGAUUCACUCUCGCCAGAUUACAAUACCUCGACUACUAUGGCAUAUUCUGCGGCUCCACUGGGAUCGGAGAGUGCUACUUCUUUACGAAGGGCAUCGAGGAGAUCGGCCUGAUUGUUCACCUUGCCACUAUCCUCCCAGCUUCUUUCCUCGUCGUCUUCCAAUUCGUCCCUGCCAUCCGACACAGAUGGAUAAUGAUCCACAGGAUCAAUGGCUACGUGAUCCUUGUCCUAUCCAUCAUCAGCAUAAUCUUCUCCCUCAUGGCCGCAAGACGUUCCUUUGGAGGUGGGCUGGACACCCAAGUGGCUGUUGGCUUCAUUGGGAUUCUCUUUAUCAUAUGUAUGGUUUUGGGAUACAUCAAUAUCAAACGUUUGCAGCUUGAGCAGCACAGAGCCUGGAUGCUCAGAGGAUGGUUUUACGCCUCCUCAAUUAUCACCCUCCGGUUCAUCCAGAUCAUCAUGACAGUUAUCAUCAGCCCAGGGGGUCAAUACUACGGUGCCAGGCUAUGCUCACAAGUAGAUUACACGAUUGGAGAGAAUCGAACGCGAGCCCUGUACCCUGAUUGCGACGCCUUCUACUCCGGUGCAGACCUGAACAAACAGGUUCUGGUUCAGGCCAAGUACUUAGGAGGGGGAAAUGAAAUAAACGCGGGUGCUGCCUUCGGCCUCGCUUUCGGGCCAUCCAUGUGGUUGGCAUUUGCCCUCCACGCGAUUGGAAUAGAAAUCUAUCUUCGUCUGACCCCUUGUGAAGCCGAAAGACUUCGAACCGUAUCUUAUCAACGGCAACAAGAAGCUGGAAUGGCGAACCCAGGACGGGCUGGAUUGACAGCUGACCGUUUGGGAGAUGCCGCAAUAUGGAAACCAACGUAUUCAACCGAUGAUGAAACCAAAGGGACUGCGCAGCAAAAUGGAAAUGGAGAGUAACUGACGUGACCUGUUUCUCCAGUACCGUUACUUUCAUUUAGUUAUUUCUUUUGUUUCUGCAUAUUUAUAGAGUAUAGUUAGAUUUCAUAUUGCAUAGGCAACGGAAAUUGAAACCUGGAAGUUCCAUAAUCGGUGGCAUUGGCGCCUGCUUUCGUACAAAUAUUACAUACCAUUCUUCCAA